AUGUGGGACAUCUUCAUCACCCUGGAUCAAGGGAUGGAGACCCACCACAGCCUGAUGUCCCCGAUGUCCCCAAUGUCUCCAAUGUCCCUGAAGGAGGUGGGACACCAUCAUCACCCCGGCUCAAGGGAUGGAGACCCACCACAGCCUGAUGUCCCCAAUGUCUCUGAUGUCCCCAAAGGAUUGCCCCCAGAACCCCUCAGCCGUGUCCCCAACGCCCUGGAGGUCCCCAAGACCUUCCGUGACCCAGGUGUCCCCAACGCCCUGGAGGUCCCCAAGACCUUCCGUGACCCAGGUGUCCCCAACGCCCUGGAGGUCCCCAAGACCUUCCGUGACCCAGGUGUCCCCAACGCCCUGGAGGUCCCCAAGACCUUCCGUGACCCAGGUGUCCCCAACGCCCUGGAGGUCCCCAAGACCUUCCGUGACCCAGGUGUCCCCAACGCCCUGGAGGUCCCCAAGACCUUCCGUGACCCAGGUGUCCCCAACGCCCUGGAGGUCCCCAAGACCUUCCGUGACCCAGGUGUCCCCAACGCCCUGGAGGUCCCCAAGACCUUCCGUGACCCAGGUGUCCCCAACGCCCUGGAGGUCCCCAAGACCUUCCGUGACCCAGGUGUCCCCAACGCCCUGGAGGUCCCCAAGACCUUCCGUGACCCAGGUGUCCCCAACGCCCUGGAGGUCCCCAAGACCUUCCGUGACCCAGGUGUCCCCAACGCCCUGGAGGUCCCCAAGACCUUCCGUGACCCAGGUGUCCCCAACGCCCUGGAGGUCCCCAAGACCUUCCGUGACCCAGGUGUCCCCAACGCCCUGGAGGUCCCCAAGACCUUCCGUGACCCAGGUGUCCCCAACGCCCUGGAGGUCCCCAAGACCUUCCGUGACCCAGGUGUCCCCAACGCCCUGGAGGUCCCCAAGACCUUCCGUGACCCAGGUGUCCCCAACGCCCUGGAGGUCCCCAAGACCUUCCGUGACCCAGGUGUCCCCAACGCCCUGGAGGUCCCCAAGACCUUCCGUGACCCAGGUGUCCCCAACGCCCUGGAGGUCCCCAAGACCUUCCGUGACCCAGGUGUCCCCAACGCCCUGGAGGUCCCCAAGACCUUCCGUGACCCAGGUGUCCCCAACGCCCUGGAGGUCCCCAAGACCUUCCGUGACCCAGGUGUCCCCAACGCCCUGGAGGUCCCCAAGACCUUCCGUGACCCAGGUGUCCCCAACGCCCUGGAGGUCCCCAAGACCUUCCGUGACCCAGGUGUCCCCAACGCCCUGGAGGUCCCCAAGACCUUCCGUGACCCAGGUGUCCCCAACGCCCUGGAGGUCCCCAAGACCUUCCGUGACCCAGGUGUCCCCAACGCCCUGGAGGUCCCCAAGACCUUCCGUGACCCAGGUGUCCCCAACGCCCUGGAGGUCCCCAAGACCUUCCGUGACCCAGGUGUCCCCAACGCCCUGGAGGUCCCCAAGACCUUCCGUGACCCAGGUGUCCCCAACGCCCUGGAGGUCCCCAAGACCUUCCGUGACCCAGGUGUCCCCAACGCCCUGGAGGUCCCCAAGACCUUCCGUGACCCAGGUGUCCCCAACGCCCUGGAGGUCCCCAAGACCUUCCGUGACCCAGGUGUCCCCAACGCCCUGGAGGUCCCCAAGACCUUCCGUGACCCAGGUGUCCCCAACGCCCUGGAGGUCCCCAAGACCUUCCGUGACCCAGGUGUCCCCAACGCCCUGGAGGUCCCCAAGACCUUCCGUGACCCAGGUGUCCCCAACGCCCUGGAGGUCCCCAAGACCUUCCGUGACCCAGGUGUCCCCAACGCCCUGGAGGUCCCCAAGACCUUCCGUGACCCAGGUGUCCCCAACGCCCUGGAGGUCCCCAAGACCUUCCGUGACCCAGGUGUCCCCAACGCCCUGGAGGUCCCCAAGACCUUCCGUGACCCAGGUGUCCCCAACGCCCUGGAGGUCCCCAAGACCUUCCGUGACCCAGGUGUCCCCAACGCCCUGGAGGUCCCCAAGACCUUCCGUGACCCAGGUGUCCCCAACGCCCUGGAGGUCCCCAAAACCUUCCGUGACCCAGGUGUCCCCAAUGCCCUGGAGGUCCCCAAGGCCCUGAAGGACCCCAAUGCCCUGGAGGACCCCAACUCCCUUGGUGCCACCACACCGUCAUGGGACAAGGUGGUGUUCGUGCUGCCGGCCUUCGAGGUCCGCGCGGGCACACGGGUGCCGGGGACGAAGGCGGAGCUUCUGCAGCGGUGGGACACGGGGGACGCCCGGCCCUUCUAUGGGGCACUGUGCCCCCGGUGCCAAGCACCCACGGACUACGGGCGCUGGUGGGCGCUGCCACCCACCCCCCACCUGCGCGUGGCCUACGAGGCCGCAUGGCGUGACCCCUGGGAGCCCUUCUACGUGGGGCCGGCCCGCGGCGUGCCACCCUUCGACGAGCGCUUCCUCCAGUACGGCUUCAACCGCAUCAGCCAGGCGUGCGAGCUGCACAUGGUCGGCUUCCGCUUCGCGGUGCUGGACGGAGCCUUCGUCGUCCACCGUGGCUUCAAGGAGGCCGGCGGCUUCCACGGGGGGCGGGAGGCCGAACUGCACCACAACCGGCAGCUCUUCCGGCACUUCCGCGCCGAGCUGCGCCAGCGCUACCCCGACUCGCCCCGCCGCUGCUGA